AUGUUUUUUCAUACUUUCAACUCUUUCGUUGCCGUGCUGGCAUUACACACCAGCAUCGUGUCGUCUCAAAGCCCUAUAACGUCCCUCAAGAGCCGCCGCCUCACAGAGUACCAACUUCCACCCGCCGUCCAAACACACGAAUUUGCGCGCGUCCCUGGCACAGACUUUGUCUUUUUGUCGCAAAUGUCCGACAGCGUACUCCUCAAAAUCCAGCUCGACCCCGUCACCGAGGCUCCGAUUGCGUACCAAUCCUUCCCCAUGGGCACCUCCAGCCAGUCCGGCCUCCAUGGCAUCUGGCCGUCGACUUUGUACCCCGGGAAAAUGUGGAUGACGCUUCAAAAUGAGAACAAGCUGCUCCUUGUGAAACCUGGCUGUACCCUCACGUCCCCUCCGUCCAUCAUCAAGACGAUUGAUAUUCCGGCGCCGGGGAACGGCCCGCAUUGCGUGUUUGAGAUUGACGGCCGCGUUUGGGCCAGUCUCAAGGACCCGUCGAAAGAAACGGGUGGAUACUACGUCUUCUCAGCCAGCAUAAACAACACGGCAGACUAUACGUUGUAUCCGUGCCUCAACAGCCCAGUGUUUAUCCAACAAGACCCGACGACCAAACUCAUCUAUGCUACCCAAGACACCGACUCGUCUAUUAUGCGCAUCAACCAAACGAGCGGAGAGACGGACCAGCUGCCGAUUCCGCCCAGCAUCGGCAGCACACCGGUUGGAAUGACAACCGUCGCCUCAGGUCCUCUGGCCGGAGUGUGGUUCAGUCUCGCGGGUAAUUCCACCGGCGGUUCAGGCACCUUUGGACGUGUUGCCCCCACAGGCGAGCUGCAAUUCUUCCAGCUCCGAGCGCCGCAACUGGGUGCUAGCUCUGGCUUGCUCCACGUUGCGGACGCUUCGACGGAAGAGGGUGGCCCGGCGCUUUGGCUGCUCUCCACGUCGCUACUCAGCAGGCAGUCUCCUGAUGCGCUGAUUCGUGUGACGUUUGACGAGGCUGUCACCUCCGUCACCGGCGAAGAGUACAUUGCCAUGCUCACCCAGAAUGCCAUGGUGCACCGUGUUGUGCCCUUGGGUGCCACGGUGCUAGUGUCGCAGCUGCAUACUUUUACACUUGCGCAGCUUACGUACAAUAAUACGAUUGCGGGACAGUGGCUACCGGCGGAAAUGGCAAACAAUCCUGUCAUGUAUGAGGGGGUUGUCUAG